AAUACACACACACACUGUGAGGUUGAGAAGUGCAGAGGAAAUGAAGAAACAUACAGGAAGAUGUUUAACACAGACACAGACGGAGAGAUCACAGCAGCAUGAAGAGCAUGAUACUUUAUGUGCUGUUUAUAUGGGUGUGUGUGUCAGCAGGUUUUAAUCUGGACACUGAACAUGCACUCUGGUUUCACGGCACUCGAGAAGAUUUCUUUGGCUACAGUGUUCAUCAGUAUGAAUCUGAAAACAGGAAACAGAUUAUUGUUGGAGCGCCGUUAAAAAGCAACUCAAGUGGGGAAAUUUACACCUGCAGCACAGAUCUGUUGAACUGCAGCUUACUGUACCGGCCAGGUUCUGAGAGCGUCAGGUCGUUUGGUUUGUCUGCUGCCGUGUCGUCCACUGCUGCUGCUCCAGUCACUAGUUGCAGUCCAUAUCUUCCACAUGAAUGUGAUGAGAACUCGUAUCUCAGCGGCGUCUGCUAUCGGUUCAACAGCAGCUUACAGGUCGUCUCCAACUUUACUGCAGCUUUACAAGAAUGUAUGAAGAGAGACGUUAAUCUGGUGUUUUUGUUUGACGGAUCCCGCAGUAUGAAACAUCUAGAGUUUGAAAUGAACAAAAAUUUCAUUAAAAAUAUUAUGAAAAAACUGUCAAACUCAUCCAUAAAGUUCGCUGCUGUCCAGUUUUCUUCAAUGAUGAGAACAGUUUUCGACUUCAACGACUAUCAGAACGGCUCGGCUGAAGAGAAACUCAACAAAGAGCCACACAUGAGUGCCCUCACUAACACGCAUAAAGCAAUCGAUUUUGUUUUGAAGAAUCUCUUGAAUAAUGUGUCAUCUGGAGCGAACCUCAAUGCUACAAAAGCUCUGGUGAUCAUCACAGAUGGAGACCCCAGUGAUAAAGAUAGCAUCAAUGUCCUCAAAAGGUGUGAAGAGCAAAAAAUCCUCCGCUACAUCAUUGGGGUGGGGAAACUUGAUCUAAAGAAACUGACAACGCUUGCUUCAGAACCAAAACACAACAACACAUUCUACAUUGAUGAGUACGCUGGACUCAAAGGGCUUCUUGACAACCUGCAAAACAAGAUCUACAAUAUUGAAGGUUCACAGAACGCUGACAGCACUAGUCGACAGAAGGAACUGUCUCAAAGCGGAUUCAGUGUUGUUUACCACAAGGACUCCGUGAUCGUGGGUGCGGUUGGAUCUAAUGACUGGCGUGGAGCUCUGUAUGAAGUGACGGGAUCAGGGUCUGGAUUCAGAGAGAUCGAGAUUACAGAUCCAGCUGUCAAUGAAGACUCAUACAUGGGUUACUCUGCUGUGAUUGGACAGAGAGGAAACGUCUCUCUGCUGUUCUCUGGCGCCCCGCGGGCUGAACACAAGGGUCACGUGACCCUCUUCAGUAAGACUAAAAACAUAUGGAGAGUGACGAGGAAUGUGACAGGAGAACAGAUUGGCUCAUAUUUCGGAGCGUCUCUGAGCGUGUUGGAUGUUGAUUCAGAUGGAGACUCAGAUUUUCUUCUGGUUGGAGCUCCAUUAUUUCAUCAGUCUCAACCGCGAGCAGAAGGGAGGCUAUACAUCUACACUUUAACACAAGAGUGGUUUCAGGGGACACUGAAUGUGAGCGAGUCAAACACAGGCCGAUUCGCCGCAUCUUUGGCGUCACUAAAGGACCUGAAUGGGGACGGCCUGUCAGAUGUUGCUGUUGGAGCUCCGCUGGAGGAUGAUGGACAGGGAGCCGUCUACAUCUAUCUGGGUGAUGAAACAUAUGGCAUCAACCACAAACAUUCGCCUCAGCGGGUCUCUGCGCAGAUGGUUUUGUCCGGUCUGCAUCAGUUCGGUGUGUCUCUGUCUGGUCUGAUGGACAUAACUGAAGACAAUCUGACGGACAUUGUGAUUGGAGCACAAGGAGCAAUCGUGCUGCUGAAGGCUCGGCCAGUGAUGUCUGUAUGGUCACAGCUCAGUUUCAGUCCUAAUGAGAUCAGUUUCAGCAACUUUGAAUGUCCGAGCAGCGACGUGUUUCACGUGUUUAACCUCACUUCCUGUUUCACUGUGACAGAGCGCACCAGUAGCACAGGAUCUCUGAACACGAGUCUGAAUGUCUCGCUGAAUCUGAACGUGGAUGUCCUCAGAGAAAUUAAUCGAGGAUUCUUCGAUGAGACGAAUACAGCGUCCAGAACUCUUCAUAAGUCCGUCCUGCUGGAGUCGAAGUUCUCCUGCUUCAGUUUCUCUGUUUUCAUGCCGCGUUGUGUUGCCGACACCAUGUCUCCUCUGAAGAUCCGAAUGAGUUUCUCGCAGACGGGGAUGUUAAAUGGAAACUCCACAGCUAUUCUUGACAUUCACAGCAGGACAGAAGAGUUCGCAGAGGUGCCGUUUCAGAGGAACUGUAAUUCAAAUAACAGCUGUGUGGCCAAACUGAAGCUCAAUUUCACUUUCACGAACGAGACGUUACUGGUGGUGAAUCAAGCUCAUUUUACAGUCCUCAUAUCGCUGGAGAACUCAGGAGACGAGUCCUUCAACACCAGCAUAGUGCUGGAUUACCCAGAAGGCCUUUCUCUCUCCAAAUUUGAGACGGUGAAGCCAAGUAAGACUCGGAGCAGUUGUGGUGAUCGGGACAACGGUGCAACGAACAGAACCACCUGCGGUAUCAGUUUACCAGUGUACCGGAGCGGCACCACAACUCAGUUUCUGGGAACGUUCCGGGUGAAGUGGGAUUAUGACUGGUCACACAUGAUGCAGAUGAUCAUCACGGCCAACAGUGAUAACAACAUAAACAGCACAGACACCACAGUAAAGAGAACUGCACCGGUUCAGUUUGCUGUUGAUCUGGCCAUCAGUGUAGUGGCUGAAGAUUCAGACACAUAUCUGAACUUCUCUCUGGAUGAUCGAGGUCCAAAACCUCUCAACAUCAUCUACAAGGUGGAGAAUCUGGGUGUGAAAGCUCUGCCAGUGUCAGUAACGCUGGUGAUUGUUUGUCAAACAUCACACGUGAUCUUAAAGCCUGAUAGCUUCAGUGUGGGGGAGAAUGCAACGCAGUGCCAGUUCAUCCGUGAUCGACAGGACGGUCACUGCGGGACGUUUGAAUGCGCUCCGUUCCAUCUGCAGACAGUUUCGUCUGUUCUCUUCAAUCUGACCGCACACGCCGCUCUCCAGAACGUGAAGGAAUAUGAGAGCAGUUAUUCUUUCAGUGAGUUCAGGAGAGAUUAUGUGUUUAACAUCAGCGCUCAUCUGGAUUAUAACAGAAGCCGCUUCAACCAGACGUCCACCGGCCUGAAGGAGGACCCUCACAAAUCCCAGGUUUUCAUGAGGGUGGAGUUUGUUAUUCCACCCAAUAAGAUGCUGAUCAUUUGCACAGGCGGAGGGGGCGGGUUCAUUUUAAUCAUUAUCAUAUUAGUGCUGCUGCUGAAGUGUGGGUUUUUUAAGCGGAAGCGUCCUUAUGAGUUUCCCGAAGAGUCUCCUGAAGAGUGGAAAAUGGCAUCUGUGGUGGAGAAACCAGAAGAUGCUGUUCUGAUGAACGUCAGUGCGAAAGAGAACGGAGCGAUUGAGAGCGGAGAGAAAGACAGUGGCGAGACGUCUAGGAAAGAGAACGACAGCAGCAUCAGUCCUGAUCCUCCAAACACUGAUUAGAAAUUAAAUCUGUCUCGCUGUUUUCAAAGAAAUAUUAUCAAUGUUAAAAGUGUUCCACCGAAUGCAAAUAAAGGCAAAACCUUUCAUUUUGAAUUGGCUUUGAAUGGAUUACAGUUUUAUAAUAAUAUAUGUUCUCUUGAAAUUUAACAUCAGUUUUAGGUUUCAUUUUUAAGAUUCAUUUUUGUAGCAAGUUCAAUAUUUUGCCCAUUGUGCUUUAUUUUUUUAUUGUAUAUAAUUAAAAAUGUAUUUUCUAUAAAUAUCAAAUAUUAUACUGUCAACUUUUUACAGUAAAUAAUUUUAACUUUAGCUUAAAUUUCUUCUUUAAUGUCACUCUAAUGUGACUUGUUUUUUAGACUUCUACUUAUGUUUCUUUAAUUUCAAAGAUUGUUCUGUGUUCUUUGUAACGAACCCUCGCACUGACA